AUGACGAUUCUGCAUUUCGGAACCGUCGACAUCACGGCCGAGUCGGCGGCUGACUUCCAGCAGCUCUCCAUCUUCACCGAGCUGCAGAACGCACACAGCACCCUCCUCGAUGACUAUGACUACGCGGGAGGCGGUGCGCUUCAUCGCCGCCAGCCAGUACUCGAGUACCAGGCGGGCGCCUUCCUCAACGCCGUCCCCUCGCGCCGCGACUUUCGUAUCUCGACGUGGGCGCUGCGCAUCGCCGUCCAGCGGCGCCUCGGGCUACCACUCGACGAGGCGCUCGCGCGGGGCUACCACUCGACGAGGCGCUCGCGCGGGGCGCGCCGACCUGCUCGGCGCGCGGCGGCAAGCCUCCUCGCCGCCCUGGCCAAGGUCAUGCGGAGCGUGUGGGGCAUGCUCGUCGAGUUCAAGAACCCGCUCUCCUCCAACCCGGAGGACGUCGGCCAGCGAGGCGCUUUCGUCGGCCUCGGCAACACCGAGCCCGGCACGAGCGCGGACGUCUUCGGCCUCGAGCAGCGCGGCGCUGUCGGGGACGGCGACUUCAGGCCGAGCGACGGCGGCGGCUAUGAAGAGCAAGGGCGAGAGAGGGCAAGGGACCGGGCGCUGGCAUACCAGGGGGGGGCAGGCGGGGACUAUCGCUACGCCAGGGAGGACAAGGGCGUUGACGUGCAGCUGCUGCUGUUCGAAUCGUUCGGCGGGUUCGGAAAGGGGGUCCGUGAGAUCCUCCGGAAGGCGGCGGACGUGCUACAGAACAAGCUGACGCGGGCCCAGUACCUCGAUGAGGUGACUUGGACCACUAAGAAUUGGCUGGGGCUGCAUAAGCAGCGUAUCUCAGUCGUUCUUCACACGGCAAUCGCAGAGCAGGUUGUGAAUGAGCUUGCCUGUGGCGGGGGUGGGCGGGUGCACGGCGCUAAGUGCCUCGCCACUCUCGCAGGAGUCGCUUAG